UGGACGGUCUGUGCGCGAGGGGGAGUUGACUACCACAGUUGACUUUACCUCCGAGAGUGAGUGAAGACAGUAAACCACGAAUUGGCAAGUUGAAGGGAAACUGUUGUAUUUCAAGUCGGGCUCACGGUUCUGGACAACUUGGCCCGGUCAUGGACCAUUUUGUGUAGUAGGUCCCGUAUUUAUAAGUUUAUUCUACGCUUUCUAGCGACUCCUCCGUGCGACUCAACCGGUCAGAAAAGGAACCAUAUCUGGUCAAAGUAUUCGGCUGUCACUAAGCGGGUUCCUGUCGGCUAUAAAUAGACUCGGAUAAGCGGUGAAAGAGACUUUUUCCAGCAACCCUUCCAGGCCACGUUUCCUCCAUAGUGUAUAUAUUUUUUUUACUUUUUUUCGGUCCAUCCAGAGGGGGUGUGGUGUCACCAGAGCGGGAGUCGUGGUGGUGACAUCGCUGGCGGCCAUGUCGGCGUUCAGGAAGGAGAUGGAGAAGUACCGUGACGUGGACGAGGACGUGCUCCUUCAGAAGCUGACUGAGGAUGAGCUGCUUAGGCUGGAGGACGAACUGCAGGAGCUCGACCCCGACAACGCGCUGUUGCCGGCCGGUAUGAGGCAGAAGGACCAGACCAAGAAGGCGCCCACAGGCCUGUUCCAGAGGGACAACCUGCUGGCCCACCUGGAGAAGCAGGCCAAGGAGCACCCCGAGCAGGAGGACCUGGUGCCCUUCACCGGGGAGAAGAGAGGUAAAGCCUGGGUUCCUAAGAAGGUGGUUGACCCCAUCAUGGAGAACGUGACCUUGGAGCCAGAGCUGGAGGAGGCGCUGUCCAAUGCCAGCGAUGCUGAGCUUUGUGACAUCGCAGCGAUCCUGGGUAUGCACACUCUGAUGAGUAACCAGCAGUACUACGAAGCUUUGGCCAGCAGCAACAUCGUCAACAAGCAGGGCCUCAACAGUGUGAUCCAGUGUGCCCAGUACAAGCCCGUCCCAGACGAGCAGCCCAACUCCACCGACGUGGAGGACACCCUGCUGAGGAUGAAGAGGAACGACCCCGACCUGGUGGAGGUCAACCUCAACAACAUCAAGAACAUUCCGGUACGCACCCUGAAGGAGUACGCAGAGGUUCUGAAGGAGAACACGAUGGUGGAACGUCUCAGCAUCGUAGGAACCCGCAGCAACGAUCCCGUGGCCUACGCCUUGGCAGACAUGCUGAAGGUGAACACCACAUUGAAGAGUCUGAACGUGGAGUCUAACUUCAUCACAGGCGCUGGUGUGCUGUCUCUAAUAGAGUCACUACAGUCCAACACCACCCUACUGGAACUGAAGAUAGACAACCAGAGCCAGCCGCUGGGUAACAAGGUGGAGAUGGAUAUCGCCAGCAUGCUGGAGAAGAACACCACUCUGCUGAAGUUUGGCUACCACUUCACCCAGCAGGGCCCACGUUUACGGGGCUCCAACGCCAUGAUGAGCAACAACGACCUGGCGCGGGUCAUCAGGUCUGACUCGGACAGCACCUUCACCCUAACUCUGUCUGUGCCAGAGCUGGAAAGGGCCUUCGGGAAAAAGUUCAAGACAAAGUCCAAUAAGAAAGAGAAGGCUUGAAGGAGGACCCAUCUUCCCCAAGUGUCGAACAAACAUGUAGCACCCCUCUUCUGCAAGGGUGCCCCGGCCCUACCCCCGCCCCUUCCCAUGAGCCUCUGCACCCACGUUGAACCCGGCCAGAAUGCAAAGUUCUGCAGCCUAGUCCAGAAUCUACCCCCUGGUCUAACCGUCCAGAUGCCAUACAUUAGCUCCGGAACCACAGGGCAGAUUGACAUUUAAUUAUACUAAAACGAAAGUAGCCUAAUUAUUUACUACAUAUAACACUAUAGUCUUUGUAUUCUGUGAAGCACUGUAUGUCUGAGAAGGAGUGUAGAUCUGAAUAUGAUAUGGAUAGGACAAAACAAAAUGGCUCUGCCAUUUAACAGGCUGAGAGGAACUCUCUCCGUCUUGCUUACACCUACCCAGUCCUCAGACCCUUAACAGAUGUACAAUCAUCAAAAUUGACACCAAUCUACACGCAGAUUUGGGCAGCGCUGUAGUGAUAACACACUUAGCCAUUCUGCAGGACUGAACAGAAACUUCUACGAACACCGUGCCCAUCCAGUCUGUUUGCGGAUCUACACACCUUUCAAGUAUCUAUUUAGUAAGGUUGAUAAAGGACUAGGCCUGUAACGUAUGAGAACCCUUGAGGGCUUGGGGCUUGCCCUGCCUCUGCAGUUUGACUUGGUUCGUCUAAAUAAGUCUCUACAAUGGCUUUAAGUAUAGUGGUGUCCUUCUCACAGUUUCCACACAGUUGUCGGCCGCCUAAAUGUCUUCUUCAGUUAUACGUGGCCCUCGGAGCUGGUUCUAUAAAAGGAUGUGUGCAUGGAGAACGAGAAUACCUUUGUCGUAGUGUGGUUGUGUCCAGAACUCGCUUAUAAAAGAGCCUGUUGGUACCAGUGGCCUAGGUGUGAAAAAUAUCCAACGCCGCAACUUCCAGAAGCUCAGAGAUACAGAAUAUAUAUUUAUUUGUUGUUGUUUGUUUGUUGUUGUUUACUGAUCUUCCCUCGACACUACGUUGUUUGACAUCCGGCAGCGUCUUAAAAUCGCCACGUCUGUUUCGGCCGCCACGGAAACCUGCCGUGUGUGGGUUUGUUUGAACACAACUGACAGAUGUCACAUUAGCUGGUGGCGUUAGGUUUGUUGUAUUUAACACUGUUUGAAAGCACUGUAAUUCUGAGAUAGGACCUACUAACAGCUACUCCCAGCUGAGUGCUAUUGGUAGGUUUAGGAAUGUGCUACUCUUAGUACAUACAUGGUUUCACUUGCAUAUGAUGGUACUUCUGUAAUGUGCCAUUAGGGGGCAUUAUUGCCUCUACAGUAUGAUGUUGUGGCGAACAGUAUUGGUUGUCUGCUGUAUUUGCAGGUGUACAGCAGCAAGGUUUGAUUUGUGGUCCUUUCUGGGUUCUGUUAUUAUAGACCUGAGAAUGGCAGAGGAAUAAGCCAUUCAUAAAACAAAAAAACAUCUUGGGAAUUUUGAGAAAAAAUAAAAA